AUGGGGAUCUUAACCGAGAUCUCUGUCGAGAUUCUAGUUCGAACGACGACGGUUCAGCACGUCUGGUCUUACAGUGAUUUAGUGCAUCAGGUUCAUGGCAACAAUUGGCGACUCGUGCUCGACAUCUCCAUUGUCAUCAUUAACUUUGGCGUUUGCAUCGUCUACCUUAUCAUUUGCGCCGAUGUGCUGUCGGGCACGACGGCAGGAGGCGACUAUCACGAGGGAAUGUUCAUGACGUGGAAUGGAGGCGAAUCCGCGUGGUGGACAGGAAGACACUUCGUUCUCUUUAUAAUCAUCAUCGUCUGCUUGCUCCCACUUCUCUCCUUCAGACACGUUGACACAUUGCAAUACACAUCAUUUCUCGCCGUGCUCCUAGCGGUCGUGUUCGUCAUAAUCACAGUCGUUAUUGCAGCAAUCAACAUCAACAAUGGCACGCUACCUGUGCCCAGCUUUUUGCCAGACUUGAGCUCAUCUAACGCAAUCAUGGCCUUGUUUGGCGUCAUCCCGAUCAUGGCUACUGCCUAUGUUUGUCAUUUCAAUGUUCAUCCUAUCUAUGUGGAGCUGCAAGAACGCAACGAGAAGACAAUGCUCAAGGUUACGCGCUACUCCAUGAGCCUCUGUACCAUUGUCUAUCUCCUCACAUCCGUCUCGGGGUACCUCCUCUUUGGUGCCAGCACCGCCAAUGACGUGCUUGUCAAUUUCGACAGAGACCUUGGGAUUGAGAACAGUGAAGCCGUGAACGACAUUGUGCGGAUCACGUACAUUCUUCACCUGAUCUUUGUCUUCCCUGUCAUCUUCUACUCGCUGAGGAACACUGUGGACGAUCUCUUCUUUCCCAAUGCUAUCACGCCUCUGGUGGACGAUGACAAGCGAUUCUGGCUGUCCACAGCUGUGGAGCUGGUGCUCAUUUACAUUGGCGCCACCGUCAUACCCAACAUGACACUGGCGUUCAACAUCACAGGCGCGACGUGCACCAUGGUUGUUGGCAUGCUCAUCCCAGCCAUGCUUGCACUCAGUGAUAAGUCUGGUGUUGUCGUCGAUUGGGAACGAAAGCUUGCAUAUUUCAUGAUUGUCUUUGCGAUCUUCGUCAGCAUCACAGGACUCACUAGCAGCAUCUACUACAUCGUCGUCCACUACUAA